CACAGUAAGACCUGUGACUUUGGUAUACUUUAGUAUACCACAGUGAAAUAAAUAAAUAAAGACGUUAAAAGCUCAAUCCCUUAUGAUUUUAUUUUCUCAUAUGGUUUUGGUGUAGCUCAAGUAGUAACUAUUAAAUUUUAGGCAGAAACUGCACUGUAACUCCCGUUGUUAUGGCAACCCAUUGUGUGUAGUUGUUCAUUACAGGUGAUGCCUGCUGAUAUCGCUGAUGUGAUUGAACUGAUGGAGAGAGGCGCGCGCGUUCGGGAGGGAGGGGGAGAGAAAGAAAAGGGGGAUCGUUCUCCCGGUCAUAUAACGCGACAUCUCUCUUUCCUCCUCUCCGCUGGCGACAUAAGCGACGCGUAACCGACACGCCGUCCUCUCCGAAACCAAAGGCGCUUUUUUGCUUUGCUAUGCGGAACCAAGAGCCAUGAAAAUGCUUCGAUUUCGGAGUCCGAGCAUCUCCUCCCUCGCGCAGGAGGUCCAGUGCACGGUUCGGCUGCUCGACGACUCCGAGAUCUCGUGCAGCAUCCAGAGAGACACUAAAGGGCAGUUUCUCUUGGAUCAUGUGUGUAACUACUACAGCCUGCUGGAGAAAGAUUACUUUGGCAUCAGAUAUGUGGAUCCAGAGAAACAAAGGCAUUGGUUGGACCCGAGCAAACCAGUAGUGAAACAGAUGAAAUGUCAGCAGCCAUACACUAUGUGCUUCAGGGUGAAGUUCUACCCUCAGGAGCCAAUCAAGAUCAAGGAAGAGCUGACAAGGUACCUUCUGUACCUGCAGUUGAAAAGAGACGUGUACCACGGUAGGCUUUUAUGCCCGUUCGCCGAUGCUGCGUACCUUGGAGCCUGUAUAGUGCAGGCUGAACUUGGGGACUAUGAUCCUGAGGAACAUCCUGCUGACUACAUCAGUGACUUCAAGCUCUUCCCCAAACAGUCCCUCAAACUAGAGCGCAAGAUCAUGGAGAUCCACCAGACUGAGCUGAGGGGACAGUGUCCUGCACUCGCCGAGUUAAACCUUCUUCAGAGGGCCCACACGCUAGACACAUAUGGAGUGGACCCACACCCAUGCAAGGAUUUCACAGGAUCCACAGCUUUCCUGGGAUUCACUGCAAGAGGGUUUGUGGUUUUUCAGGGAAAUAAGCGGAUACAUCUUUUAAAAUGGGCAGAUGUCAGCAAAUUCAAGUUUGAAGGGAAAACAUUCUAUGUGAUUGGCGUGCAAAGAGAGAAGAAACUGGUUCUGACAUUCCACACCUCCACACCAGCAGCCUGUAAACACCUUUGGAAAUGUGCUGUGGAAAAUCAGGCAUUUUACAAAUGUGCAAAGUCAAGUCAGAUAAAGACUGUGUCCAGCAGCAGUAUAUUUUUCAAGGGAAGCCGAUUUCGCUACAGUGGCCGGGUGGCUAAAGAAGUGAUUGAAGCCAGUUCAAAGAUUCAGAGAGAACCUCCUGUUGUACACAGGUCUCAGUUUGGCCAAAGCAGAAGCUUUACUUCACUCAGUCAUAAACAGCUCAUAAUGAACAUGGAGCCCCUCCUACCAGCACUGAGCUCCAGCAGGGAACACAGAGACUCCUCAGCAGACAAUGGACUCUCGGCUUUGAAAGACUCGGUUCAUCUGUCCCCACUGAAACCGUCGGUCACUCCUGAGGAAGCAGAAAUAGAAGAAAGGGAAAACCACAGUCAGGAAAGACGCGAAGACGAGGCAGCCAACAGGACGAGAGCAGAUGAGGAAAGGAGAGAGAUACAUGUAGACAGUGAAGAGGAUGGGUGCAGCACUCUCACCAUAUCUGACACGGCGUACAGCCCGUGCGCCAGCAUGGUGCCGACACCAGUGGAGGAGGGUCAGGGCGGCCUGGACCUUCUGUUCCAGAGCCCCGCGCGCUUGCUGAAGGAGCUGCACGCUGAUCCAGAAAUGCAGCUGGAGCUUCAGGCGGAGAGGGAGAGGGAACUCGCCAGAGAGGCGUUUCGUCAGUCGCUGUGCAACCCGUCGAAUGGGCGGCAGCAGAUGCAGGCCUGCCUGCGCAGUGCCGCCCGUCUGGUGGUGAUGGCCACCGGCCUCCUCAUGAUUCUACUCCCCCUCCUCCUCGUCCUGCUGGAGUCGGACCUGGACAUCUCGUUCUUGCAUGACAUCCGCCAGACGCCCGAGUUCGAGCAGUUCCACUACGAGUACUACUGCCCCCUGCGACGCUGGUUCCUCUGCAAACUCGAACUCAUUACAGAGCAGCUAUGGGGCGACUGAGGCUCACCGUCCUACAGGAACUACAGGGAACGGGGGCGGGAAUGAAAUGGAAUGGGCAGGUUUGCUCUCCUACAUUACAUGAUUUAUUCAUUCACAUCUUUUGCAAAUCAUGCCAACAAGUUUUCAUAGCAGUAACUGAGGCAGUGUCCCGGCUGUAGUUUCAUCAGUAGCAUUAGACAGCAGCAUGUGCCUACUAAAGGUCUCAGACAGUUCAGUCAACUCCACAAAGGGUGUAAGAAAAGCACAGCUCUGAUAGAAAUGCAUCUUACAUUUCAACACUGACAGUGGAUAUGUAUGCCUUUUCAAUAUUUUUCAUUCAUUUCACAUGCCUGUUGCCAUUAAAAAAGUAUCAAUCAGGGUCCAAAAUGAACUUUUUGCCUUACCUGUCGAUGGUGGGAUUCUGAAAUCUUCAACGGAAAAGAAUUCUGGAAAAAAUGUGUCCCGGGUUCCUCAAAAAUAUUAAGCAGCACUGUUUUCUGUUUUCAACACUGAUAAUAAUAAGAAAUGUUUCUUGACACAGAAGAUUGGAGAAAUAGAGACUUCUUUCAAACUCUUUCCAAUCCCAAACUUUUGAACAGUAGUGUAUGUUUUUGCACUACUUCAGCCAUAGGAAUCAACUUAAAAAAAGAAAAGAAAAGAAAAAAAGAAUCAAUUCUUACACUAGACACUUUUGAGUUGAUUCCCCAUCAGCUCAAGCAUCACAUACAAGUGAAUCUCUUUGUAAAACAGCAGCUCUCACAAAACAAAAAUCUAGACACAUUAUGACUUUGUUCCUCAUAUUUCUGUUUUGCUGGCUUAAGGGAAGGAAUUUGACAUAACAUGGCCUACUAGCUUAAUUUCUGGUGGUAAAUUUGUUAGAAGAGGCAAAAUCUUUUGUAGACCGUAUCCCUUUGAUGCACCUAUGCCAGUGAGGGAUAUAAAAGAGGGUAUAAAAAUUUAAUUGCAACUUUUAUCUAAUAUCUAAUAAAAUAUAUCACACAAUUCUAAGAUGAAAAACAAUAUAAACUUGUAAUUCAGACUAUAUAACUUGCAAUUGCAAGUUUAUAACUCAAAAUUCUUUAGUUUUUCUCAUAAUUGUGAUAUAAACUCAGAAUUGCAAGUUAUAAAGUCCAAAUUGUGAGACAUAAACUCUCAACUGGAAUUACCUUUUUAUUUUUUAUUCCGUGGUGGAAACAAGCUUCCGUAAGAAGGUCGCUGUUUAAACCAUGUGUUUGGUUUCAAUUUGUCUAUUCACAUUUGAUGCUUCCAAAAGUUAAUUUUGGACCCUGAUACUAGUUUCAGUGUGAAAUCCUGUAUAAACUCAUAUGAAGAGUCCAUUUCAAAUGGUUUGAUGUCUUUGACUCAAUCAACCUCCAUAACAACACAAAUAAUACACGUCAAAAGGUAGAAGAGGCACAGGCACGUAAUGAGCUCGGACCCGCUUCCCUAAAUCAACUUAUUUUUCUUAAAAAUUAAAUCAGCUAUUAAGACAAGCAGAUUUUGACCUCACAACACUGUAUUGGAACAAACCUUCUCUGCCUCUCGCAGAGCAACACACACACACACAGAUAUGAGAGCAAGGGCAAGCUAUACAUGCUAAAACUUAAUAUCUGUUUUUAAAUUUUUAUACAUUUUUAUGUGACGCUUACAGUUACUUAUAUUUUUCAGACCUGAGUUAUCUUAUUUAAACUGAUUUACACUAGAAAGUAGGUGGUAUAGAAGUGAAAUAUUUUUAUUAUCACCAACAGCUUACCUUAAAAUGCUGUGCUGUGUUUUUAUAUAGAAUAGCACAAAAUAUAACAUUUUGAUUUUUCAGAUUUUCAGAUGUCAUGAGCAGAUGUAACAGCAGGUUGCUAGUACAUUUGAGAGGCUCUUAUGAAACGGAUCACUGUAAUCACACAAUUUACAUAAACACAAAAUACCAAAAUGCAUGAAAUGCCACAAAUUCACAUAUUACGCAUAAUUAAAGAACAUAAGUGUUUGUGUCGAUAUCAUUAUGGGGAAGUCAAAAGUUUGAACGUAUUGAAACAAUGAAAGUGCAGCUAAUAAAAUUUCCUUUACAAAUGUUGUCCAUUUGGCCCAAAAAAGUUGUGAAAUCUACAUUUCAUUUGCACAGUUGGCUCUUCUUUAUAGAUA